GUUUAUUUAAAUUUACAAAUCUACUACAUUUAACUAUUCUGAUUGAAGCUAUUUAGUGUAGUGUUGUGUCUUUUUUAUACCACUUUAAGAAUUUGAGUCACUUCGACCUGCAUGCUAUGCGAUAUAAUCUUGACAACAAUAACGCUUCAUCUCAUAUAUAGGGUUAAAUUAAUAGUAGCUAAAGACAGUAUUCACUAAGGAUACAAAACACCCGGAAAGUGCACCCCUAACUUAGUGUACUACCAUAGCCUGCCAGGCGACUUUCUUUUGCGCAAUAUACUAGGCACGAUAGAACUAUCUUAACUUUAGAAAUAAAAUAUUAGCUAGGGAAACAACUCGGCCAAAACAAAAAUAAACAGGGGGGAACUUCUGAAAACACAAAAGUGAAACAUUAUAAAAUUUAAGAACAACUGUGUUCAUCAACCAUCGACUAUAAACUAACUAAAGAUGAGCACUUCUCGGUCCAACCAACCGGAAGCGUUCCCGCUACAGAAAGUUGAUCCGCAAUAUGACUUCAAAGUUUCUGACCCAUUUGGUAAAAUCCCUGGCUUGUGGAAAGAACAGCCUUCAAAUGGCCAACAUAUACACGCGACAGCUACUAGCAACCCUGUUAUUACCUCUGUUCCAGGUGUUACACCUAUGCAUGCGACGCAACGGACCUUAUCUGGGGACUCUGCUAUGAGUGGCGGGGAUAGCAGAAAACGUAACUGGGCUGCGGGAGGUACGGAAGAAGAAAGUAUAUCCUCGUGCACAGAGUCCUGCGACGACAUGAUGGCUUCGGAUACCGAUACAAACAGUAUGGUUUCCAACCAGGGGUCCAUGUUGGCAUAUUUGCGUGAAAACAAACAUGUACAUCCACCUAAAAGAAGAUUGAUGGCUCCUUCUCCUAACAGUAGUACAGUGCUUACACCAUCUAACAUUUCAACUGCUUCAUCUACUAGUCAGAUGGCAACGCCUGGAGCUACCACUGGAGAAUCUAUACAUCAACCUCUAUUGGGUAGUGAAAUUCGCACCCCUACGGCGUUCAACUCGCUGACCAAUACACCCAUGUCAGAAAUGGAUGAAGAAGAUUAUGUGAUAGUGGAAGGGGUUGUGGAACAUACACAACAGCUGCUCCCGUUACCAUCACCUAGCGCUUCCCCUGUUCUGGGACACACAAACAAGGAAGAUGAUGAAGAAGAAGAAGCCCGGAAUAUUUUGACUUUGCUCCAACAUUCCAGAGGUCCAACCAAUCAAAAGGAACUAUUGGGGAUGAUUUAUGGACUUUCAUCUUAUUUGAGUGAACCUAAUCACAGUCAUCUUAUUUUUAAAUUAUUACAAAACGUGAACCGGUCUACUCUUUCAUCGUUUAAUGAUGUUAUCCAUAACUCAUUAAGACGCGAUUUGAUAUCUAAUCUUCCCUUAGAGAUAACGUAUAAUAUUUUAAAACAUCUUGACUAUAAGACAAUUUGUUCUAUUUCAAGAGUUUGCUCUAAUUGGAACCGUAUUGUUAAUGCCACUGGAAUUUGGUCAGAUCUUUUGAAAAGAGACAAGUUGGUCAGUGGAGAUGCGGAAAUUGAAUAUGAAUUAAAACAACCGGAUCUUUUACAAUGGUCUACUGCUAACCCUAAGUCUAUGUCAUUACUGCCUAGAGUUAAUUUAGCUCAACUUUUAUUCAAAAAGAGAAGGAUUAUUCUUAAUCGUUGGAUGGACCCUAAGUAUGAACCUAAACGUAUAAGUGUUCCGGGGCAUGGGAGUAAUGUGGUCACUUGUCUACAACAUGAUGAUGAUAAGAUUAUCACUGGGGUGGAUGAUAAGCUUAUUAAUAUCUACAGUACAAAGACUGGUGAGCUUUUGCGAGUUUUAAAGGGUCAUGAUGGUGGGGUAUGGGCAUUGAAAUAUACUGGAAAUACAUUGGUAAGUGGAUCUACUGAUAGAACGGUGAGAGUAUGGAAUAUUAAGACUGGAAAGUGUACUCAAGUGUUUAGAGGGCAUACUUCCACAGUCAGAUGUUUGGAUAUUUUACAUCCCGUGAAAAUUGGUACUGAUGAUAAUGGAGAUGAUAUCAUUUUCCCAGAAUCUCCGCUAUUAGUGACUGGAUCCCGAGAUCAUGAUCUCAGAGUCUGGAAGUUACCAUUGGUUAGCGAAGAUGAUUCAGAUAUUAGUGAUAACACCACGCCAGUGCCUACUGAAGCAGGUGCAGAGAACCCAUAUCUUGUGGCUAUUCUCUCGGGCCAUACUCAUUCAGUACGGUCCGUUCUGGGAUAUGGGAAUAUCAUUUUAUCUGGAUCAUAUGAUACUACUGUACGGGUGUGGGACCUUUUAGAUAACGGAAGGUGCAAACAUGUACUUUCUGGCCAUCAAGAUAAGAUCUAUUCAACAGCUCUUGAUUUCCAAAAUAAACGAUGUUUCUCAGGAUCCAUGGAUGCAACUAUUAAUGUGUGGGAUUUCGAGAAGGGAAAAUUACUUCAUACAUUAGAAGGACAUGGGUCAUUGGUUGGGUUACUAGAACUUUCUAAAGAAUACUUAGUUUCAGCGGCCGCUGAUGCUACAUUGCGUGUAUGGAAUCCUGAAAGUGGACGCAAUUUAAGCAAAUUGGAAGGCCACACGGCAGCGAUCACAUGUUUCCAACAUGACAAUCUUCGAAUUGUGAGUGGAAGUGAAAAAAUGUUGAAAUUAUGGGAUAUAAAAUCUGGAAAAUUUGUACGGGACUUGUUAGCAGAUAUCACUGGUGGAAUCUGGCAGGUGAGGUUCGAUUUCUGUAGAUGUGUAGCUGCAGUGCAGCGAAGCAAGAACGACGUCGAUGAAACGUUUAUUGAGAUUGUUGAUUUCAGUACACCUCCCUCAUAAGGAUUAGUGGUUAAAUAUUUAAGAACAAAAUAUAAGAAA